AUGGUCGAACAAAGAAAGAAAUCUUCCAGAAGAAAGAAGGAUCCAAAUGCUCCAAAGAGAGCCUUAUCUGCCUACAUGUUCUUUGCCAACGAAAAUAGAGAUAUUAUUAAAUCUGAAAACCCAGAUGUCUCCUUUGGUCAAGUUGGUAAAUUAUUAGGUGAAAAAUGGAAGGCUUUGUCUCCAGAGGAAAGAGAACCAUAUGAAGCCAAGGCUAAAGCUGACAAGAGAAGAUAUGAAUCUGAAAAGGAAUUAUAUCUUGCUACUAAACAAAGUUAA